UGCCAUGUUCGCGUGCCGCUCUGUAUUCGGCGUUCGACUGAAAUUCUCGACUUUCAAUUGCGUUUCCUGCAUGUAUCUCGUGUCUUCGGCCAUAGAAGAUUGUGCAUAAGCUUCGUCAUGAGUACUGACAGUAUCGAAAAAUUAUAUAAAAACUUUGGCAUCCUCGCGGAUGCCAAGGAUAAAUUGGUGCAGCACGAAAAAGAAUAUUUGGAAAUUUUAACAGCAGUUAAAGGAUCACCCAAAGAAAAACGGCUAGCAUCGCAAUUUAUUGCAAGGUUCUUCAAGCAUUUCCCAAAACUAGCAGAUCAAGCUAUAGAUGCACAGUUGGAUUUAUGUGAAGAUGAAGAUAUGGCUAUUCGAAAACAAGCCAUUAAAGAUUUACCAGCUCUUUGUAAAGAUAAUAAGGAACAUACAGCAAGAAUUGCAGAUAUCUUAGCGCAAUUAUUACAAGCUGAGGACUCUUCGGAAUUAUCAGUUGUACAUAACAGUAUUAUGUCGCUUAUGAAGAGUGAUCCAAAAGGUACUUUAAGUGGAUUUUUCAGUCAAAUUAUUAAUGGUGAUGAUGGAACGAGAGAACGUUGUAUAAAAUUUUUAGCUACCAAACUGAAAGCAAUAGGACACGACGUUAUUACAAAGGAACCAGAAGAUUUAUUGAUUGGAGAAUGUAAAAAAGUAUUACAGGAUGUAACUGCUGAUGAAUUCCACAGUAUCAUGGAAAUUCUUGCUUGGACUAGACUAGGAUCUACUGUUACUGGUCAACAAGAAUUAAUUGAUAUUACAAUAGAACAAGCAGAACUGUCUGUACCUUUUAAACAUACUAAUGUUGAACAGUGGAAUAGAUUGGUUCAAUGUAUUAAACAUGCUCUUCCAUUUUUUAGCUCACAGAUAGAUUCGUCAAAAUUUGUUUCAUACAUUUGUGUGCAAGUCCUACCACAUCUCUCUUUGAUGACUUCUCCUGAUGGUAGAGACAUUCAAUUGGAACUAUUAAAAUUACUUGCUGAAUUAACAGUGUUUUGUGGAAGUAUUGAUAAACCUGAAGACAAAGUUCAACAACUUUAUAACACUCUCAUUACUUAUAUGCCACUUCCUCCAGCUACAGAGAUUACUGAUGUACCAAAGUUACAAUUUAGUCAUGUAGAAUGUUUGAUGUAUGCUUUUCAUAAAUUGUGUAAGCAAACUCCUGAAUUUCUGAUAAAAGAUCCAGAACAGCUUAAAGAAUUCCGUUUAAGAUUACAAUAUUUUGCAAGAGGUAUCCAAGGUUAUAUAAAAAAAUUACGUGAAGCUAUUAGUGGCAAAACAGAAGAGGAAUUAAAAUCUGAGGAAAAUCAAUUAAAGGUUGUUGCAUUAAAAACAACUAAUAACAUCAAUACUUUAAUCAAAGACUUAUUUCAUUCACCUCCUAGUUUUAAGAGUAUAAUACAUCUUUCAUGGAAAACACCUUGCAAUGAUAAGAAGAAUGAAAAAAAUUCUGCUCAGAAAAGACAUACACCAAUUACAUUUGGAAAUGAUAAUGGUUCGAAUAAGCGUAGUAAGGAAGAUAAAAGUAAUAAGAGAGAAAUAUAUACACCUCCAAGUGGCAAAUACAGCUCAAACAUAUCGAAUUAUGGUCGCGGUAGAUUUAAAGGUAAUAGAUUUGGAGGAAGAGGUGGAUUCAGAUCAAGAGCUCGUGGUUCAUGGCGAAAGAAUUUUUAUUAAUUAAAACUAAAAUUCACAACUAAAAGCAGAAAGUCGGAUACAGCUAAGAUUGAAAUGAUGACAAAUGCUGAUCUAUCUUGAGAUUAAACAUGAAAGUAUUUUCAAAAAAAGUGACAUUACAAAAACCACUUUUCUUAUUCUCUAUGAUUAUAAGUGUCAUCAAAAUGAUUUUGUCAUUUUCUAAACUCUGAUAAAUUGCAAAUAAGUAACAAAAAGAGGAAGAUUAAUAAUUUUCCAAA